CGAAAAAAGAAGGCAGAGAAAAUUAUCACGGUCCCGAAAUCAUGCCCGUUCAAGGAAGAAAUUCUUUGUGAGGCUGAGAAAGCACGAGAAAGGAUAAAAGCUCAAAUGGAGGCAAAAAAGUACCUUGGUCGAAAAAAGAAGGCAGAGAAAAUUAUUACGGUCCCGAAAUCAUGCCCGUUCAAGGAAGAAAUUCUUUGUGAGGCUGAGAAAGCACGAGAAAGGAUAAAAGCUCAAAUGGAGGCAAAAAAGGUACUAAAUUCUGUUAUUUUUUCGCUUAAAGGUUUUAAUCUUUACUGUUACAGUACCUUGGCUAGAAAUCAUGUGAUUAAGGAAGCUUUGAAGCAAGCACGCGCUGAAAAGCGAAAGGACCCAAUGCCGACGGAUUUGCAGUCAUUGUCAGCAAAAGCAGCCAAGGAGGGAGAAGAGUUUGAGAAGAAACAAGAAGCGAAACUUGGUACUAAGGAUUUCAACCCGCUAAGUGAUCGAUCCAUCAAAGCUUAUGCCAGUGAAGUACGGAAGAUGAUAGAAUCUGCUGAUAUAAUCAUACAGGUUCUGGAUGCCCGCGAUCCCUUGGGCAGUCGAAGUCCAUCUGUCGAACAACAGGUUCUCAACAGUGGCAAACGACUCAUUCUUUUACUUAACAAGAUUGACCUUGUUCCGAGAGAAAACGUUGCAAAGUGGCUUGCGUAUCUCAGAACGCAAAUGCCUACCAUCGCCUUCAAAGCUAGCACACAAGAGCAGAAUACCAACAUUAGUCGAUUCACUAGCUCGAAUUUGAACAAUUCUUCCUCUGCCAAAUGCAUUGGAGCUGAUCUUGUCAUGAAGUUGUUAGGAAAUUAUUGCCGUAACAAAGAUAUCAAGACUAGCAUUCGUGUUGGAAUUGUCGGAUUUCCUAAUGUUGGUAAAAGUAGUGUUAUCAAUAGUUUGAAAAGAAGACGAGCUUGCAAUGUUGGAGCGAUGCCCGGUAUAACAAAAGAAAUACAAGAAAUAGAGCUUGACAAGCAUAUUCGCUUGAUAGACUCACCUGGCGUUGUCUUAAAUGACUGGAACACUGGUCGACUAAGGUAUUAUACUCAUCCACCAGAGGAUACAUCAUCUGUUGCACCUGAAUCGGGAGUAUCUGCUGAGAUUGUCAGUCAGUUCAGCAAGGAGUUUGAUAUAGACACUCUGGAUGAAGAUUUGAAGCAAUUAGUUGAAGCUGUGGUCGUCACUAGCGGAAAAACCAAAAAAGGCGAUCGCGACCGCGGAAGCACUGAAGCCGUUUCUCUCCCAAGUAGUUUAGUGAUUGAUGGUAAUGUGCAGUUGAAUCGAGUGAUAAAGAAAGCUUUGAAGAAGAACAAACGUGCACAGAGGAAACUUGGUAAGCAGUUUGCAAUUUGCUAAUC